GGGCCGCUCCCCGGGGCAGGCGCUGUGAGGGCUCGGCCAGCGGGAGGCUCCGGCUGGGAGCGGCGGCGGGAGCGGGGAGCGCCGGCCGGGGAGCGCUGCCCGGCCCGCUGGCCCCGGCCGCUGCACGGACCUCAGCUGCACCAGGGCAGGUUUGGGUGGGACAUUAGGAACAAUUCCUUCACAGAACGGGUGAUUAGAUAUUGGAAAGGGCUGCCCAGGGCGGCGGCGGUGGCGGUGGCGUCCCCAUCCCUGGAGGUGUUUAAGGAAAGACUGCACGCGGCACUCGGUGCUCUGGGCUGGGUGACACAGUGGGGAUCGGUCAAAAGAUUGGACUUGAUGGUCUCACAGGACUUUUCCGAGCUCAGUGACUCUGGGAUUCUCGCCCUGGCGAGGGCUGGUUCACUCCGGGCUCCUGCCGCAGGUGCCGUUCCUGCCGCUGGCAAGCGGAGCUCGCCUGUGGUAUUGCUUUGGGGAGGUUACUGCUCCUUUUGUGUUCGUUGUAAGCAUGCUUCCAGCAACGCUUUAAGAUUGCAUCUUUCUGUGUUUCUAAACGCGAAGUAAUCCCAGUCUUGUCGCAUGGGCACUAUUCUUAAGUCCUCCUGUGUAUUGUAAAGUUCUCUCCACUUCACUCUACUACAGUUCUGCCUUGAGCUGGAAUGCUAAGCCUUUUUUAUUUUUAAAUGUGUUGUCUUGUUUUGGACUUUUUUUUUUUCCCAAAUACUUCACAUUUCUUCACUUUCAGAGGUGAUCAGCCAGCUCUCCUUCCUUCAGCUGUAGUUAAUGAAGGAGAUUGCUUCCUCUUGUGGGUCUUUACUCAGGUGCCUGUAACUUGCACGUUGCAACUUGCAAGCAUGAGAGGCCAAAAUGUAAUACUAAAUCAGCAAACCUUAUGUAGCAUAGAAAUGGCUAGAGGUGUCUGAUUUUAAGGCCUUUCCCCAAAAUCUGGGUAUGCCAGCAAAGUAAGCAAAGCUGUGAGGGUGGUGAGGCAGAGGCACAGAGAAGCUGUGGCUGUGCCUCCCAUGGGAGUGUCCAAGGCCAGGUUGGACAGGGCUUGGAGCAACCUGGGAUAGUGAAAGGUGCCCCUGCCCAUGGCAGGGGUUUAGCAUGAGAUGGCUUUAAGAUCCCUUCCAACCCAAACUGUUCUGGAAUUCUAUGCUGUCUGUCUCCUCAUCUCUCUGGCCACUGAAAAUUGAUUGUGUGUAGGUGUGAUUAGAAUGAAAGAGGAGAGCUGCUACUGUCUAAUGUCUGCUGUGGCCACCUGGAGAGCCCUUGGAAUGCUGUCAGCAGCUCAGGGGAUCUGCUCAUCUGCUCUCCUCAGCACCCUGCCCUCAGCAGAACCACAAAGCUGUUCUGCAUACUGAUUGAGUUUUGUUAAGCACAAACAGGACCAAAGACAGACGAAACACUGUCAGAAUAGGGAUAGGAUUUUUCUCUGUGCAUUUUUUAUAUGCUUGUGGUUUAAAACACAGCUCCCAAGGACAGAUUUUAAUCUCUGAAUUGUGUUUUUAAGUGCUGUAGGAGCACAAUAGAAGAUUCUCUGGAAAAGAGAGCAAAGCUGAGCCUGCAUUUGUGAAAGUCUCCCUUGCUGUGACCUGUUCCCCUUUUGCUGAUUGCUUAAUAAUGCAUAUUAAUCUUUGAGGAAAGAUGGUGGAAGGAUCCAUCUUCAGUACUUGGAAAAUGUGUAGAUUUUGGAAACAGAAAUUUGUGUUAAUAGCUCUGGACAAGUUAACAAUUUUUAUGUUAGCUGCAGUUUCAUGAAGGAGACAUUGAAGUAAAUUCUGACUUCCUAGCUCUGGUUGCAUGGCAAAUUUUUAUUCCUCAUUUUUGGCUUUAAUGUAAACUCUUCUCGCUUUCACCAAGAUGCGAAAUUUCUUUGGGUAUGCAUGUGUUUGUUACUUAAAAGGUGUAAUUUUUAACUGAAGCAAUGUACUGCUACUAUAAAGGUGUUCAACUUAUUUUCAUAAUUUAAGAGGAAAUUUUAAGGAGUUUGUGUUUUCUUAAAAUUCCCACAACUGUAUGAACAACCAGUGUGUUCUGAAUGUUGUGGUAAACUGCAUGGUCUCUUUAACCCAGUCUGUAAUAGAGGCCUGGAAAAUAUGUAAUUUAUGGAUGAAUUCUUACUGCUACUUGCUGGUGUUUUCUCUCUGAAGUGACAAACUUUGAAGCCCAAAUGUUCCUGUUUCUCCACAUGCUGGUGCUCUCAGGAGAUCUACCAGUCCUUCUGUGUUGAGUUCACACAAAUGCAGAUUCUCAUUGCUCCUCUCUGAAUUUAUUAGAUCCCAUGAUUAUAUCUCUGCAAUUUGGUAGUGCUGGAUGAUAGCAUUGGAUAUAUUUUUCUGAUAGAAAAAUCUGUUUUCCUCUGUUUGGCUUGUAAGUUCAUGAAGGUGCCAUUGUUUUCCUCACAUACACUCCUUGUAUGUUUUUUUUACUUCUGUGCUUUUUGGGCCUCCACUUUUCCUGCAGUUGGAUGGAGAAACAACCUGGUUUGUGCAUGACCGUGGGUGACCACUGCUUUCCUGUAUUUCCCUAGUACUGAACUCACCAGGAUUCAGUGAUGGAGGCUUUGCUGGAAGGAAUGCAAAGAAAUGGGCAGGGGAGCGGUGGGUUCUUGACCUCCUGUGCAGCUGAGCUGCAGGAGCUGAUGAAGCAGAUAGACAUCAUGGUGGCUCACAAGAAAUCCGAAUGGGAAGGGCAGACACAGGCUUUGGAAGCUUGUCUGAGUGCUCGGGAGCAGGAACUUUCCUCUGCCAAGGCAGCUCUGCAGGAAAAACAAAAGGAGGUUGGCCUGCUGCGUCGCCAGGUCGAAGAUGUGGAAAAAUCCAAGCAGGACAUGGUUAGAGAGUAUGAACAACAGCUGAAGAAAUUCCAGGAGGAGUUGUCCCGGCUGAGGAGGAGCUAUGAGAAGCUGCAGAAGAAAAAAACAAGAAGCAGAGGAGAAGCUAACAAGGGACAAGAGGAGGACAAGUUUGAACUGAGCCGACUGACCAGGAAGCUGGAGGAGUUCCGUCAAAAAUCACUUGACUGGGAGAAGCAGCGCCUGCAGUACCAGCAGCAGGUGGCAUCGCUGGAGGCGCAGCGCAAGGCUCUGGCAGAGCACUCCGAGCUUGUGCAGACCCAGCUGGCCAAUCGGAAGCAGAUCCUGGACUCGGUGGAGCUGGCGAGCCGCUCGGAAAUCCAGCACUUAACCAGCAGGCUGGAGAGGGCCAAGGACACCAUCUGUGCCAACGAGCUGGAGGUGGAGAGGCUCAGCAUGAGGGUGGAUGACCUGAGUGAGGACAAUCGCAUGAUUCUGGAAGAUCAGCAGAGAGUUCAAGAAGAAUUAAGGCAGUCCAAGAAAAUGUUAGAGGUGCUACAGGAUGAGAAGAUGGAACUAAAAGCCACCUUGCAGUCUCAAGAAGAUUUCAUUGACAGCUCGAAGCUGCACCAGGAACAGUUACAGAACGAGCUGGACGGGAUGACUGAAACUCUUCACAGAAAAGAACUCCUCAUCAGGGCCUUGGAGGAGCGCUUGCAAGGGAAGGCAUUGUCCUCUGCAGGGCUGGAGCUGGAGCAGGUGCUGCUGCAGCUGGAUGUUGCCCAGAAGAAGGAACAGCACUUGCAGUCAGAGGUGACUCGUCUUGAGAACAGCCUGGUGACUUCAAAUGCCAGGUGUGUGCAGCUGAGUGAGGAGCUGGGUGAGAAUAUCAAAGAGCUGCAGUCUCUGGAAGAAGACCAGACUGAGUCAAGGGCAGAGAUUAAAAAGUUGAAAGAGCAGCUCUCUCAGGCUGAACAAGUGCACAGCAGUGAGCUAGAAGGGUUGAAAAAGGAGAUCUCCAGGCUGACACAGGAGCUGCACCAGCGGGACAUCACCAUUGCAUCGGCAAGUGGCUCCACCUCAGACCUGGAGCAGCAGCUCAGAGCAGAGAUUGAAAGAGCAGAGAGGAAAGCAGUGGAGCACAGGGUAAUUCUGGUCCAGCUGGAAACCUUGAGGCUGGAAAACCGUCAUCUCUCGGAGAUUCUGGAAAAAAGAGAGUGUGGGGGACGAUGGCACCCUGAGAGCACUCAGGGAGGACUAUGCUGCUGAGCUGCAGAAAUUAAUAUCUGAGAACCAGCAGCUGCGGACGGAGCUGGCAGAGACCAGGGCGAGACUGGGGGUCACUGCACAGGAGUGCCCCGAUGGACCUGAGGGCGUGGCUCAGCAGGGGCAAGGCAAAGAACCC